AUAAGCGGGGAUAUAAAAGGCAGCGGCUGAAAGGCCAGCGCAACAUCGAGACCUCAGGGGAACCAACACCAUCACUCAGCAUCACCACGGCUGACCCACACAUCAUAUCCAAGAUGGGCCGGAUCGUCUUCUACGAGGACAAGAACUUCCAGGGCCGACGCUACGAGUGCGACAGCGACUGCUCGGACUUCCACUCCUACCUGAGCCGCUGCAACUCCAUUCGGGUGGAGAGCGGCGCCUGGGUGGUCUACGAGAGGCCCAACUACAUGGGCUACCAGUACGUCCUGACCAGGGGGGAGUACCCAGACUACCAGCGCUGGAUGGGCCUGAACGACCGCCUCAGCUCCUGCAAGAUGGUCCACUUUACCAGCGGGACCCAGUACAAGAUGCAGCUGUAUGAGAAGGCCGACUUCGCAGGCCAGGCCUACGAGGCCACCGAGGACUGCCCCUCGAUCCUGGAGAAGUUCCGCUGGAGGGAGGUCAACUCCUGCAAGGUCUUUGACGGCUGGUGGGUUUUCUACGAGCACCCCAACUACCGCGGGCGCCAGUACUUCCUGGAGAAGGGGGAGUACCGCAAACCCGGCGACUGGGGAGCCGUCAGCGCUGCAGUGCAGUCCUUCAGGCGCUUCACAGAAUGA